AAUUUAUUUACCCGGAGUUACCCUGGACUCGUCUCUAGUCAAAUCGUCUCUUUCGACAUCGGUGUUACUCUCUAUCACGAUCGCGAUGUGAGCUAGAGAUUUCGUUCUCCAAGUCGAUCUGUGUUAUUUAAUUUCACGUACUAUCGACAUUUUUCUUGUGUAUAACAUGCCAAUGUUAACGUACAGCGGUUGCGGUAUAGGAGUCGCAGACGCUGAAAAUGAUUCCCCAGCAGGAUCAUUAUUGUCUGGCGAGGGAGAGCUUCCGGAAGAGGCCGGUGAUUCUCCGGGUACAUCGAGGGACACCGAAGAGGAGGCAACACUCUCCGACGAGUUCUAUUCCCACGACACCGAUGACGAGGAAGAUCAAAGUAAAAGACGCCGGGAUCGUUCUAGUUCCCUAGAUGGUAUUUCGUCUUCCGGAAGUGGUCAUUUAGGAUCGCCUACACCUCGUGUAGGUAACUUAGGAGUCAGAAAAUUAUUCACCAACAGUCGUGAACGAUGGAGACAGCAAAAUGUGAGCGGCGCCUUCGCCGAGCUUCGCAAAUUGGUGCCGACACAUCCGCCGGACAAGAAACUGUCGAAGAAUGAGAUAUUAAGGAUGGCGAUCAGAUACAUAAGAUUGUUAAGCAAUGUUCUCGAGUGGCAAAAGGGUCAAGAUCGUAAUGGGAUGCAGCAACACGACGUGCGCAUCAAAUGUGAGUCGCAUCUGAACAACCAAAACCCCAUUACGUAUCAUGCGAAGUCAGCUGUAGCGUUUCUGAAACAAGAAAAACAGAAUGUGUCAGAAAAUUCUCACGUCUUCCGGAUUAAUUAUUCCGCGCAGAGGCAUAACGCGUGCGACAAGAACGGCAGCAAUUUGCUGAUGAUCGCGCCGACCGGACUAAACGUAACUAUUCCCACCGGAAAGCGCUGUGUCACGCCUUCCGUCAUCGUUACCCAAGGCAAUUUUCACAGCAACAACAAUGGAAAUCUUAUACGUUCUCCAUCGGGCGGACGGUCAUCGAAUUUCCCAAAAUCACCACAGAUUUCAUCGAACACUAAUGUGAUUUCUAAUGGAUCCUCCUCGUCUUUGACAAGUCACACAUCAGUCACAAACGGGAUAGGAUCCAGCGGAUCAAAUUGUGCUCAGAAGAGAUUCAAGAUUGAGCGAGAUGAGGAGGAACAGGCUUCGAGGGAUUGUAGAGUGCCGCCGCCGCCUGCUCAUAGUAUACCGAUUAGAAAGAGAGUCAAAGUCGCCUUCGUUAAGGAAUCCAGUUCAGGAUUUCGCGGUGAUUUGUGUAGCGCGGAUCGCAAAUGAAUAAUUGAUGAGAGAUACCUAUUCGAGAAAUGAUCGAUUUACUUUAAGCAUACGUACAUUGUGUAAAUAUUUUUUUCUUGCUGUAUUUGACAAUAAUUAGUACGAUACAAUAUCAAAUGACUUCUUGAAAUGAAGAGAUUUUUU